AUGGACAUAUCUGUUUUUUUCACAUCAGACCUAACAUCUUCUGAAAGAAGAGUCUCGCCACAAUGGAAGGUCUCGUAUUUGAAGCAGCGCAUUGAACAAUUCACAGGGAUCGCGCCGGAACAUCAAAAGCUUCAAUACUACCCCCACAACACUAGCAAUGAGUUCAUUCUUUUGGACUCGGAGAGCCUGGAUUUAACAGUCGCUGACUUGAAUAUCGUCGAAUUCGGCAGAAUUCACGUACAAGAUUGCGAUCCUAACUCGCAUUUAGCCGAUCUUGCUCAAGACCAGGCCAACGAUGGAUACAGAUUAUCCGAAGAAGCAUACCAAAACAGAAAUGAUUCCGUACUACAAUGGAAGAAGAAAGAGCAACUUGGGAGAUUUGAUCCCUCCUAUGAAGCCCGUGUGCAGCAAUUGGAGUCCGAGAGUGUCAUUUCAGCUGCCUCCAUGAAAGUCGGGGACAGAUGUCGUAUCAUAAAUAUUGGUGGUGAACGGAGAGGUGAGGUGAAAUAUAUCGGCAAGAUUCCAGCUUUGGACGAGGGUAAAAAGCCGUGGGUUGGUGUUGAAUUCGAUGAGCCAGUGGGUAAAAACGAUGGUAGCCUAGAUGGAGUCAGAUACUUCAACGCCAAGCCGGGCUACGGCAGUUUUGUGACCCCCAAUAAAGUAGAGGUGGGUGACUUUCCUGAGGAAAAUCUUUUCAACAGCGAUGACGAAGAGCUUUGA